CAGAAACUGAAAGAAACAAAGAACGUUUUUGGAAACACUCGAAUGGUGCAGAAAGCGAUCGAAAUUGGCGCCCCUUUUUUCCUUCGCUCUCACGAACUGGUUGACAAGUGCAAAGUUCGCCACCAAUCAGGAUCACCCAAAUAAAGCAGCAAAGCGAAGAUCUUCAUUGUUGUUAUCCAUUCCCCGCCAUGUCAUUGCGUCCCCGAACCUUGCUCAAGGUCAUCGUCCUCGGCGAUAGCGGGGUGGGAAAGACGUCGUUGAUGAAUCAAUACGUGCAUAAGAAGUUCAGUCUGCAAUAUAAAGCUACAAUUGGUGCUGAUUUUGUCACAAAAGAACUACAGAUUGACGAUAAACUCGUCACAUUACAAAUAUGGGAUACUGCUGGCCAAGAAAGAUUUCAGAGUCUUGGAAUUGCAUUCUAUAGAGGGGCAGAUUGCUGUGUCCUAGUAUACGAUGUUAACAUCAUGAAGUCUUUUGAUACCCUUGACAAUUGGCAUGAGGAGUUUCUCAAACAGGCAAACCCUCCUGAUCCAAGGACAUUUCCAUUUAUAUUGCUUGGAAACAAGGUUGAUGUUGAUGGUGGGAACAGUCGAGUGGUUUCUGAGAAGAAAGCAACGGACUGGUGCGCUUCAAAAGGGAAUAUUCCCUACUUUGAGACCUCUGCUAAAGAGGAUAACAAUGUUGAUGAGGCAUUCCUUUGUAUUGCGAAGACCGCUCUAGCUAACGAGAAUGAGCAAGACAUAUAUUUCCAUGGGAUUCCUGAGGCUGUUCCUGAGAAUGAGCAAAGGGGUGGUUGCGCAUGUUGAUAUGGAUUCACUUCACAGCUUCAUCUCCGAAGCCGUGGUCCAAAUUCUUCAAAUUCCAUUUUGUCCCCCAGUGAUUUCCCCCUUUGUGUACACUCUUGCAUGCCAGCUAUGAUAAUGCUUGUUAGUUUUGCUUUCAUCUUUAUUAUUAUUAUUUUUUCCUGGGGAGGUUAAAUGCUGUCCUGUUUUGGUGAGGAAAGCAUUUUUAAUUAAUUUACCACGGGGUUUAUUUUUUAGCCUUGAAAGAAAUUUUCAAAUCUUUACUGUUACAUUUCUAGGUGAAUGGACAUUGCCAGGCAUGAUUGUCGA